AUGACCAGUCCCAACCCAGGUCACGACCAGCAGGAGUUUGGGGGAGAUAACCCGGGAGCCGGAGGAGUUGCAUGUUUUAUUGACAACUGCGUCAAGAGCAGGAAUAGGCGUCUAGAUACCAUCGAGCAGCGCUUGAAUCAGGAGCCUUUGAGCUCAUCGGCUAGCACCACACGAGACGACUGGCCAGGUGUCGCUGCCGACAGGUUCGACAGUCCUGCAGAAAGUGUUCUCGCCUUACUAGCCAAUGAGCUUCCCAAGCUUAUUGCGUCUUCUAAACGGAAUGCCGGAAGUUCCCAGGCUUCCACGCGAGGUUCUAGCAAAAGGCGUCGCUUGAAUAACACAACUAACAGUGAGGGAUCUCAAUUUACUGGAAGUGAUCCGCCUUUGCCGUCAUUUGAAGCACUUGAGUCCUACAUUGAUACCUACUUCACUCAUGUCCAUCCCUGGAUACCCAUGCUUAACCAAGAUCGGUUUCGCCAACGCGUUGAAGAUCCCAUAGAAUCACCAAAGCUCAUGGUUAUACUUCAGGCAAUUGUCAUUGUAGCAUCUAGAUACCUACCUGAUCAACUUGGGCUGAAAGCGAUAUGGCCAGUGGAAAAAAUACGAGAGUGGACUAUCUUGAGAUCGAUGGAAAGCAACACACUGGAAGGUUUGCAGGCCUUGAUUAUUAUAGCUUUCAACGAUAUUGGGAAUGGAGAUGCUGACCGCGCCUGGGCCCUCAUUGCAUCGCUGAGCCGAACAGUCGAGUUCCUCCAACUCACCAUGGACCCCGAGAACGAAGUAGCCCAGCCCAUUUGUAGGCCAUUCUCAUACCUGGGACCAGCCAAGGAUUGGGCCGACCAAGAGGAAAGGCGCCGCGUCUUCUGGAAUGUUUUCCUACUUGAUAGGUUUUGCUCCAUUUCCAUGGGCUGGAAUACGAGUCUGACCUCUAUCGAUGUUCACCAACGACUCCCAUGUGAUGGUAUUCUGUGGCGCAAACAAGAGCCGGUUCAGACGCCUUAUCUCGGCAUCUGGGAUAAAUCGACGGGGGGCUUGGGGAAUAUGGCAGCAAGUCGCUCUCGUCGCGACAUUGAGACGCCUGACCACGUAGAUCGGCGAGCUCAGAUUGAGCCUGACCCGAAUGAAAGCGAUGUGUCGCAGAUUGGAGCCUUUGCUUACAGCGUGGAGGCCACUGAGUCAAUGAGCAGAGUCACGACUUACUUCCUACAGCAUCGUUUCAACCCCAACGACCCAGAUGCAGUCAACUCCUGGCUUGCGCGAUUUAAAGAGCUUGAUCUGCGUCUUGUUCAGUGGAAGAUGUUCUUACCCAAGAAGUGGAAUUCUGGCCUUCUAAGACGGGCCUCACAAAUGGACCCCAACCUCACACUAGCCCACGUUAUCCAUAAUGUAUCUACAAUUCUACUUCACCAAAUCAUCGCAUGGCCUCCACCUUCAUGGCCGUUUAGAAAACGGUUGCCUAGCGUCUGGAGCGCCGAUACAUGUUGCUCUGCUGGUGUCGAGAUAUCAACAAUUGCUCGCAAGUAUCUGGAAAAUACGCCAGAUUCACUGCCUAUUACUAGUCCAUUUGCAUUCUGUCUCUAUAUAGCGGCGAGGAUGUUGCUCAUCCAUUGGAAGAGUGACCCUUCGAAUGGUCACUUGAAUGAUUUCGAAUCAAUGACACAGAGCUUGGACGAGAUGUCUAGACGCUGGAAUGGCUCAAGGAAAGAAGGGCAGCCGAUGGACCUGGCUUUUAAAUAUGCCACCAAGCUAAAGGCAAUGUAUAGGCGUUGCCAGGAGGAUCAAAGCUUUACGAUCAUUGUGUCAGACUAUACUCAGGACAUGGAGUGUCGAACUUGGGACCAUAUGCCAGCAAGUGCGACUGAGAGAGGAAAGGCCCAACAGUGGCCCAAUGCAUCAGAUCUGCAAGACCCCUGGCAGGCUCAGUUAUUGGCGAACAGCACCACAUCUUACCCUCUAGGUUCGUCGCCAGUCCCAUAUCAAGAGGCGGGUAGAAAUCAGGGCUCCAUGGGCAGCACUGGCUCUGGCGACUUAGAUGAUGCUACUGGGAUGGUUUCCAAGCAACUCAUGCCAAUGGAAGAGUAUUUCAUGGAUAUGGAUCGUAUCAUUGCCUUUAAUGACGGAAGUCUCUUUAUGUCUGGUAUGGAAAAUGGAGCUUGUUACCAAUUAAAUUAUCUAUUUUAUGCUCUUACCUUAGAAUAA